AGCUCUGACUCUGUCUUCCUUAUUUCAUUCUCUUUAUUCCAAACCAAACACAACAUUGAAGAAUGUCUAUUUCAAGCGCCGCACCACCAAAACCCACCCAGGUUCUCCCUUAUGCAACAAAGGAUCUUCAUGAAGUCUACACCUUGGGUACAAAAUUGGGUCAGGGUCAAUUUGCUACUACAUAUCUAUGCACACACAACACAACAGGUGAAACCUACGCUUGCAAAUCAAUUCCAAAGAACAAACUUUUGUUCAAAGAGGAUUAUGAUUGUGUGUGGAGAGAGAUUCGAAUAAUGCAACAUUUAUCUGAACUCCCAAAAAUUGUGAAGUUCCAUGAUGCCUAUGAAGAUUCAUUUUUUGUUCAUUUGGUUAUGGAGCUUUGUGAAGGUGGUGAGUUGUUUGAUAGGAUCGUGCAGAAGGGAUAUUAUAGUGAGCAACAAGCUGUUAAGUUGGUUAAAAAUAUUGUUGAGGCUGUUCAAGAUUGUCAUUCUCUUGGUGUUAUGCAUAGAGACCUUAAACCUGAGAACCUUGUGUUUGAUACUGUUGAAGAUGAUGCUGAUCUCAAAAUUGUUGAUUUUGGGUUGUCUGUUUUUUAUAAGCCAGGUGAAAUCUUUAGUGAUGUUGUUGGAAGCCCGUACUAUAUUGCACCAGAGGUCUUGAACAAGCAUUAUGGACCUGAAGCUGACUUGUGGAGUGUCGGGGUUAUUUCCUACAUCAUAUUAAGCGGAGUUCCACCAUUUUGUGCCGAGACCGAGAAGGGGAUCUUUGCACAAAUUUUGCAUGGAAUACUUGAUUUCCAGUCCGAGCCAUGGCCUGUGAUUUCAGACAGCGCCAAGGAUCUAAUUCGAAAAAUGCUUGAUAGGAAUCCGGGAAAAAGGUUUACGGCACACCAAGUGCUCAGUCAUCCAUGGAUUGUUGAUGAUAACAUUGCACCAAAUAAGCCUCUUGGGGUCUGAUACUAAUGCAGAACUUAAAAAGACAAUAGAUGUAAUCUUUGUAAGAAAUAAAUAAAAGUGCUCUCAUGCCACAUUAAAAUGUAGUGCAAAUCAAUGACAGUCAUAUAAAUGUAAGGUUUGGGAAUUUAUGUGCAGCCCACAAGGAAAUAAUAGAGAAAUAAAUGGAUCAAUAAUAUUA